CGACCGAUACGACAGUGUUCUUUUGUACACAAUUUCAACUUGAUGUUUUCAAACGUGGAAUCAAGCGAUCAACUUGCGAUCAGUUAAACAUUCUUUUAAAAAGUUCAAAAAAAAAAAAAAAAAAAAAGAAAUAAAAAAUAUAAACAGAAGAAAAAAAGAAAGAAAAGGAAAAAAUGAGAAAGUUACAUUUCUCAUUAAAAUAUUCUCUGAUUGCUCUAUUCUUGGUUACAUACAUAAACAUGGAAUCGAUCCCUACCGGCAAUAAAGGAUUUUUGACAAGAAGACAAUUCUUUGAGAAUGAAAAGAAAUUUCAAACUCCAAUGCAUAAGGUGCAAUUGACGCAACGUGGAUAUAUUCAGUUUCUUAGAUGGGGAAUAUCAGUUCCGGAAAUUAAUGAAUUUACUUUCUGUCUUUGGAUGCACUCGACGAAUAUGACAUAUGCUCAAUCAUUUUUUUCAUAUUCAAAAAAUGAAAUGGAGCGCCAAAUAAGGUCUUGGAUAUCGGCAGGUGGUGAAAAAUUGUUUUUAGAAAUAAAUAAUGUGGAAAUUUUUGCACUUCCGUUUAAAAUGGAGGAAAAUCGUUGGUACCACUUUUGUCAAAGUUGGCAAAAUAAAGACGGUCAUUAUGGCAUGUGGAUUGAUGGAAUACUUCAAACGGAAGGUUAUAAAAAAGAGAUGAUCGGAUAUGUCAUUCCCAGUAAAGGAGAUAUUGUCGUAGGUCAAGAGUUUACCGACUUCGAUAAAGGGCUCGAGGAAGGAAUCGAAGGAUCAGUUUUAGGAUUCAAUUUUCUACUGUCAUCAGCUUUUCAUUCACAGGAAAUGACAACGUCAAUCAUAAAAAAUCCACCAUCAUUGAAUAUUUUUUCCGCUUCACAAAAAUUGAUUAAUACAAAUUCACCUCAAGAAUUAAUAACUACGAAUAAUGCUCAAACAUUAAUUAAUACAAAUGCUCAAGAAUUAAUUAAUUCUCAAGGAUUUAAUAAUUUACGAUUAUUAUUUAAUGGAAGAGAUGAUUUCAAUAAUAAUAAUAAUAAUAAUAUUAAACGAAAAUCAUUUCAAAAGAGAUCAACAAUAUAUCAACAAAAUCCAUUUGUUUUCUAUAAAACAAAUGAACAAGGAAUUUUUUUUGAAGAAAAAAACAAUAAUUUUGAAAAUGCAAAAACAAUGUUUCAAGUACCAUUAGGAUUGCAAUUAAUUACAAUUUCUCAUUCUCAUUGUGAAAUCGGACGAGGAAGUCCUUUUAUUGGCGGGCAUUUGAUGUUAAUUUCCUGGACAAGAACUCCCGUUCGAGUCUUUGGUGGAGCUAUAGUGAAAUCCGUCAAUAGUGCGUGUGGUUAUUUUUAUUAAGAGAAUUAAAAAAAAAAAAAAAUCGAAAUCAUCCAUGAAAAAUUGAAAAUAAAGUGUG